UCAUUUGGUUUUGCUAAGAAAAAAAUUCACUCAUUUACUCAAUUCCUUAUGUGGGUAACGGAAUGAAAAUAACGUAUUUCCAAAUAAUUUUUUUUUUAAGUAGAAUCUUAUAGAUUAACUAGACGGUGGACUGGGGAAACACCUCUACCUACUGAGUAUUAAAACAGAACACAGUGAGAAGGAAGGAGUUUUUCUAUCGUCCAGGCAUCCAGGAAGGAAGCACAAGAUCCCACCCGCACAGAAAUGACCCUCUUUGGUUGAUCGUUUUAUGCAGGGACUCAGAAGUCUGGCUGCAACAAUCUUGGCUCUUUUCCUGGUGUUUUCUGUCCUGGGAAACUCCAGCAGCGCUCCGCAGGGACUGUUCGAGAGAAGGAACUGGACCCCUCAAGCCAUGCUCUACCUGAAAGGGGCACAGGGGCGCCGCUUCAUCUCCGACCAGAGCCGGAGGAAGGACCUCUCGGACCGGCCACUGCCGGAAAGACGAAGCCCAAAUCCCGAACUGCUAACUCUUCCAGAGACAGCAGCCCUGUUACUGGCUUCCUUACAGAAACCACGAGAAGAUGAAGAAGACAAUUUUGAUCAAACCAGAUACCUGGAGGGCAGUCUGCUAAACUGGUGAAGAAAUACCAGAUUAUGUGCAAUUACAGUUCUAUUCUGUUGAAAACAUGAACCACAUGAAUAAAACCCUUGGACCCUUCUUAUUCCAUUUGUAAUCUUAGGAAUGUGCAUAGCUAGUUUUAUUCUUUCAGAAGCAAAAGAAAUGUAGAGUUCUUAGCUGAGAACAUCAUCACCUUCUUCCACUGCUUCAGGUCCUGUUUAGAUCACCAAAAGGUUUAGAUCACCUUGUAUCUUACUCUUGAGUUUUUUAGAGCAUUUAUAAUGAUAAGGCUGAACACUCUGAAGUGUUCUUGCCUUUUCUUACACAGCCAGUACCUGUCUUGAUCUUGAGUUAUUGGUUUUUUCAUCCCAGUUGCACUUUGUUGUCACUCGAGAGAGAUUCUCCCUCUCUGUUUCCCCUUUUUCCCACUGGGAGGAGGGUGGCAAGCAUGGCAGGAUGGGAAAAAGGAGAGAACGUCUCUCUGUGGUUCAUCCAGGUUCAAUAACUUUUUCAGAAGGGAAAUUGGAUGACUGGGGAGAAGCCCUGUGAUAAGAACACUUCAGUGUGGUUGCUGAGAGAGAGGACAGCCGGCGAGGUGGCAGGUUCACUGAAGAUCCAGAGCUCCCCUUGCACUCUUUGGAAAUAUCCCUGAAUUCUGUUUAGAAACAUAGAUCUAAAUGGUACUGGGAAAUAAGCUGGUGGAAACGUACUCUGCUUGUGUAUAUACCACAUAAAUGAAACAAACCAGUUUUUUAAAAGGAAUCCAUUUUCCAGGACCAAACAGACUCAACAGAUGCAAAUACUCUGCUUCCUCUAAAUGGCUAGAGCUCUAGCCUUGAUGUGACAUCAUAACAUUAUAUAAAGGCACCCAGAUAACAUAAGUGCAUGGUAAUAUAUGCCUAAUUUACUCCUUUUCAAAGUCAAUGUGGAUUCAAUACCAUAUGAAUGUAUAUAUAUAUAUAUGUACAUAUACACACACACACACACACCCCUACAGCAAGCAUGAUAAUAUAUUUAUUUGGAAUUAUAAUAUGACCAUCAUGUUAAUUAUUUUUAUCUAAUCCAUUCAGAAUUGUGACUGAUAAAUGUUAUAAGUGGAACGUAUUGUUAAUUCUUAUUGUCAUCAGUAUAUAGCCGUUAUUUUGUAGCCAAAGAAUAUCUUUAUGUGAAUGUCUCUGUAACUUGGAAUUGUAAUUUCACUGUGUUAAAAAAUCAAAACCCUGCUUGUAAGAUUUGUCUGUAUCUUGUUUCAAAAUUGAAUAAUGAAACUGAAUUCAACUUAAUGUAACAUUAAUCUCUGUCCAAAAAUAAUAUGUGAGUAUUAAAAGUUUGUGUGGUAUUAUAA